CGCCGCCAGCAGCAGCAGCAGCAGCAGCAGCAGCAGCAGCAGCAGCUGCGGGGGAGGAGGAUCACCUGGUGCAGCACGCCGCCUUCGAGGACGCGGGCAGUGCUGCGAAACUCCUCCAGCUGCAGCGCAGGGACCAGCAGCAGCAGCAGCAGCAGGGAGCCGCAGCAGCAGCAGGGAAUCACAGCAGCAGCGUUGCUGCUGCUUCUGUGGGAGAUUUCUUCAAGCUCACGCCCAAGGGCGAAGGGACCACCAGCUUGCCAGCGCAAGCCAUUGCGCCGCUAG